AUGCCGGCGUUGCAUCCUUCUCAGGCAGCUGCCAUUGCCAAUAUCAAAGCCCAGGCAGCAGCGCUUAAACCAGACGCUCUCCAAACCAUCUCACACAUUUUGCGCAUGUCCAACAUCCCAAUAGCGAGGCUAGAUGGUAUCCGAAAGACUGUAGUUCAGCAUGCCCGGGUUGCGUUGCAUUUUCACCCCGAUCGUCCGUCUCGUAGUGGGCGUACCGUCGUUGAGUCCCUCUUAAAGGACGACACAUGCCGGAAUCAAUUCGAAACUGGCAUCUCCAACGGCCUUGUUGCGACUCAGCUGGGCGGUGCGCGAGACGAGUGGGAGCGAAGCCUUUUCAGCGGUGCAUAUCAUGACACUGGCAACCCAGAUACUGCGGCGAAUGCCUUCGAUCCGACACUAAGACCAAAAUACGGUGCUUUGGACUUGAUGCGUAAUUCUGACGGGCCAGCUCCGCGAUUCGGGUCUUGCUAUUUCUUACUUCGACCAGUAGUGUCGUCUCGGUCUACGUUUACCUUUGGUGGUUCUCAAGCAAUCCCAAAAGAAAGAGGCACAGCGGAUGAAUUCGAUGGGAUAUUAGCCGCUCUCUUGGAAGAAUCCUUCACGCGAGAUACAGCUCUGGGUGUAGAAAAAGUACGACCGAAAAGGAUGGUGGAGUAUAUCGACGCAUUGAGCAAAUCGCCUCUCGUAAAAGAUAUUUACCAAAGACCACCAAGCCGUAACCUGGAUCACUUGAUCGAGGCGCAGAUCCACGGCGAUGUUCUUCUUUCACGAGAUGUCGAAGCCCUGAUUGUCGAUCCGUCGUUUUUCACGCGAGGCGGCACUGGGCUCCUUCUCCUGGCUCUAGGCGAAACAUAUAAAUUCCCAGUCUUUGCACAUCACGGAUUCCAGCUGUCUUCGGGGAGUAUUCCUAGUGACUUCCGAGGGCCAACGAUGCCACCCUUGGCGGCUCAAAUUGCGCUUAAUGGCAUCGUGGAUGUACAGAUUAUUGGAGAGGCAGUGAAAGAUUGGGUUGCUUGUGCUGAUUUGCUGGGGGAUAGAGGAGAUUUAGACCAAGGAUUGCAGGAGUUGAAGCUGUUAUGGCAUGUUUUAGUUCGGUACGGAUAA